AUAAUAGAAACAGCGACCAAUUCAGGAAUCUCCCGGUUGGAGAGUUGUGACCGUGUGUGACAUAAUCUACAGAGCAAGAUUUGGCUUCCUUUUUGUCCGCACUUUUGUGAUCUUUUUCAGACAAGGUCCAACACGAAUGUCGACCACUGAAGCAGAGGUCGGCAUUGAGUUCAAUCGAACUGCUCCGGCCGCUGAAAUCCCACAGGCUAAUGAUGUUGCAGAGACCUUAGUAGAAGCUGUGAAUAACCCCAACAGCACCUUCAACCUCUCUAUUGAUGCCGCUUCUGUCGCUGUAAUUCAAAUAAACAUGACAUCAAAUUCUACAACUGCACCUCCCACCUUGAAUACUACAGCUAAUGCAAGUAUGAGUACUGCAACCAGAACUCCUCCAACCAUCACAAUCGCAGUGGUACCUGCAUCACCAGCAGCUGUAACAUCCGAGGCGAUCACAACGAGGCGAUUAACUUUCAGAUCUGCUGGAGAGACAUUUACCACUGACUUGCUGAAUCCAUCAUCUGCAGCGUUUCAAAGAAGAGCCUCAUUGAUAACGUCAAAUCUCAUGCUGUUCUACCAAACAGCAUUCGCUACUUUCCGGAACUUAACAGUGACUUCAUUCAGUAAUGGAUCAAUCAUCAACAACAUGGACGUUGCAUUUGCAUCCACUUCUGUUCCUGAAGGAACUCAAAUUGGAAAUGUUUUGGUUGAAGCAGCUUCAAACAUCACAGCCUUCAAUGUUGACCUCAACUCCAUUGUUGUGAAUGGCUCACUAAUAAACAUUCCAUCAAAUUCUACAACUGCACCUCCCACCUUGAAUACUACAGCUAAUGCAAGUAUGAGUACUACAGCCAGAACUCCUCCAACCACCACAAUCGCAGUGGUACCUGCAUCACCAGCAGCUGUAACAUCCGAGGCGGUCACAACGAGGCGAUUGACUUUCAGAUCUGCUGGAGAGACAUUUACCACUGACUUGCUGAAUCCAUCAUCUGCAGCGUUUCAAAGAAGAGCCUCGUUGAUAACGUCAACACUGGUGCCGUUCUAUCUAAGAGCAUUCCCUACGUUCCGCUCCUUAACAGUGACCUCGUUCAGUAAUGGAUCAAUCAUCAACAACAUGACCAUUGUAUUUUCAUCAACUUCUGGUCCUGAAGGAACUCAGAUUGGAAAUGUUUUGGUUGAAGCAGCUUCAACCAUCACAGCCUUCAAUGUCGACCUCAACUCCAUUGUUGUGGAUGGCUCACAACCAAACAUUACUUCAAGUUCUACAACUGCACCCUCGACUUUGAAUACUGCAGCACCCACAACAGCAGCACCUGUAACAUCUCAGGCGGUCACAACGAGGCGAUUGAUUUUCCGAUCUGCUGGAGAGACAUUUACCACUGACUUGCUGAAUCCAUCAUCUGCACCAUUUCAAAGAAGAGCCUCAUUGAUAACGUCAACACUCGUGCCAUUCUACCUAAGAGCAUUCCCUACAUUCCGCUCCUUAACAGUGACCUCAUUCAGUAAUGGAUCAAUCAUCAACAACAUGGACCUUGGAUUUUCGUCAACUUCUGUUCCUAAUGGCACUCAGAUUGGAAAUGUUUUGGUUGAAGCAGCUUCAACAAUCACAGCCUUCAAUGUUGACCUGAACUCCAUUGUUGUGGAUGGCUCACAGGUUUCAAGUGGAGUAAGCCACAAGAUCAGUCUCAUCACUGCAUCCUUCCUUGUACUGUUGUCAUGGAUACUGUCAAACCAGCAAUAGUAUCAUCGCUGACUCCUGUUAGAAAAGCCCUGAUUGUAUGACUGCCAUCACUGGCAUGACAAAUGACUUCUUGAUUAUUGUCCAAGGAACCUUGUACAUCUUUGGAUAAACAUAUCAUCAAAUGUGAUUUAGCAUUGACCGCACAGCAUAAUGACAGUGGAAUAGAUCUUUUGAUCUGAACACGUUUGCGGCUGGAAAUGUCCAGGAUCAUGGACCAAAAACAAUAUGUAGCCAAUUUUAAUAAGCCAGAUGUCUUGCUCAGGGACACUUCAAUAUGGGGCAGCCGGGGCUCGAACCGCCAACCUUCCCAGCACCCCCUCUCUACCACAGCACCACGUCAACCCAUAUCAAAUUGAAUUAAAUAUUUGAUUUAAAAAAUGUGUUUAAAGCCUCUUCUUUUGUAUUCUUUAAGAUUUCUUGUUUUCUCUAUUUUUGUCAGAACCUUUUUAACAAUCAUAACAACAAAAUCUUGAAUAAUUAAAAUCGUCUCUCGUAA